CAAAGUAGACUUUCGUGAAAGAGAUGUGCAAACACAUAUUCGAGAUAUCGAAGAAGGAGAAAUUUCGAAAUGUCGAAACGAACGCAUUGUUAAUGUGGUGCGACUAGAAGCGUUUUCGUUUGAAAACAACCGACAUUAAUAAUGCCAGUGACAAAUGAAAUAAUAUUACACUCAUUCUACCUUUUUGCAUUAUUUUCUGCUUUUGAAUCAAAAGAUAAUAUCCUGUUUAUAGUUGUGGAUGAUUUGCGCCCAGCACUUGGGUGUUAUAAAGAUCAGAUGGCAUACACUCCAAAUAUUGACACUUUAGCGAAAAACAGUAUUCUCUUUAAUAAUGCUUAUGUGCAGCAAGCUUUGUGUGCUCCCAGUCGGAACUCUUUUUUAACAAGCAGACGUCCAGACACACUUCAUCUGUAUGAUUUUUAUAGCUACUGGCGGAUGGCUGCAGGGAAUUUCACAACUCUCCCACAACACUUCAAAGAGAAUGGCUACCACACCAAGACAAUUGGAAAAAUUUUCCAUCCAGGUAUUGCAUCUAAUUGGAGUGAUGAUCAACCAUACAGUUGGUCUGAGGCCCCCUACCACCCCCCCACUCAACAUUAUAAACAAGCAAGUGUUUGUCCUCAACCAGAUGGUACUUUUGGACGAAAUUUAGUUUGUCCAGUGGAAGUCAAGUUUCAGCCUGGUCACUCACUACCUGACCUGCAGUCUCUCGAAGAAGCCACAAAGUUUCUCCAUGCACAGUCAAAUUCUACUUUGUUACCAUUCUUCUUGGCUGUUGGUUUCCAUAAACCACAUGUGCCUCUUAAGUAUCCAACAAAAUACCGUGAGCUCCAUCCAUUGGAUUCCAUUCAUUUACCGUCUGCACAUUGGCGACCAUCUUUUCUGCCAACGGUAGCAUGGAAUCCCUGGACUGAUCUGAGAGAGAGGGAUGAUGUGGCAGCCCUAAAUGUUUCUUUUCCAUUUGGACCAAUACCCGAUAAUUAUGCUCGACUGGUGAUACAAAGCUACUAUGCAGCCGUGUCUUAUAUUGAUGAUUUGGUAGGCCAGUUGCUCUCAGAACUGGAAGCAGCAGGUCUUCUUAACACUACAAUUAUACUUCUGAUUGGUGACCAUGGAUGGUCAAUGGCCGAACAUGGAGAAUGGUCCAAAUACAGUAACUUUGAGGUCUCUGUGAGAGUCCCUUUUAUCCUUCGUGUGCCAGGGCUGACUGACUCAUUUAAAUUUCAACACAAAGAGUAUCUGUCUAGUAGUGUUCUUGUUGAGUUAGUGGAUAUAUUUCCCACACUGGCUGAGUUGGCAGGCUUACCAAUUGUUCCACCACUCUGUCCGGUCAACUCCAGUCUUGUGAAACUCUGUACAGAAGGGGUCAGUGUAGUUCCUGUUAUACAAGACGCUGUCUUUAGGAAGGUUCAAGGCAUUGAAACGAGAAAUCGGUAUCUUGAACGCAAAUGGAAAACUGGAGUCUUCAGUCAGUAUCCACGACCUGGAGUGUUCCCAACAUUGAAACCAAACAGUGACAAACCUCGCCUGAAGCAGAUUAAAAUAAUGGGGUACUCUUUGCGCACUUUAAGAUAUCGCUACACGGAGUGGGCCUUAUUUGACAGACAGAACUUUAAGCCAGACUGGAAAUAUGUUAUAGCCCGAGAACUGUAUGACCAUCAGUUGGAUCCUGCAGAGAACAUGAAUGUUGCUGAUAGAAGCUUCAUGUCAGAGACAGUGCAUGUACUCAGUAAACAAUUGCGGGCUGGAUGGAGGUACAGUCUGCCCAAACACAUGUUAACAAGGAGUAACUGAACAGAAUGUUGUAAUAUUCAAUGUGUGAGACAAAUACUAUGGUAGGAACCUAGAAGUUGGUAUCUGAUGGAUGUUCCUUGUAUGUCUACAGAAUUGUUGUGAAUAAAUGUUCAGAAUUACGAACUAUUAAUUUAGAAGACAA